GAAUGACGAAACCUCUCUUUCCCAACUCUUUCCCUUCCAAGCUUCCACCACAACUUUCUUUCUCUCUCUCUCAUAUGGAGCCAUUCUUCCUACUCAGUGUGAUUUUUCUUCUUCAUACAUUCCACUUCCUUUACAAAUUAUACGUGCAAUGGAAGAAUCAAAACUGCUACAUGCUCGACUAUGUAUGCUUCAAACCAUCCGAUGAUCAGAAGCUUAACACAGAGCUCUGCAGUAACAUUAUCAUGAGAAAUAAGAACUUGGGUCCGGACGAAUGCAAGUUCCUCCUCAAGAUCACAGUGAGGUCCGGCAUUGGUGAGGAGACCUAUGGCCCAAGAGACAUCAUCUCUGGAAGAGAUGGACCUCCAUCUCUCGUCGAUGGAAUCUCGGAGAUGGAUGACUGUUUUAAUGCGACCCUCGACAAGCUCUUUCUGAAAUCAGGCUUCCUCCCGACAGACAUUGAUGUGCUCGUCGUGAACGUUUCUAUGUUCUCGCCGGCUCCUUCUCUUGCCGCGAGGAUAAUUCACCGUUACAACAUGAGGGAGGACAUCAAGGUCUACAACCUCUCUGGAAUGGGGUGUAGCGCAAGUGGGGUGUCGAUCCAUAUUGUCCGAAACAUCUUCAAAUGCCGCCCAAAAACAUUGGCAGUCGUCGUCUCAACAGAAUCAAUAGGACCCAGUUGGUACGAGGGGACUGACAGAUCGAUGAUGGUUGCCAAUUGCCUCUUCCGAUGCGGCGGGUGUUCUAUCCUCCUAACGAACAAUCCCGAUCUUAGAAACCGAGCAAAGUUCCGCCUGAAAUGCCUGAUCCAGACCCACCUAGGAGCACACGAUGAUGCAUAUGGAUGCGCCAUGCAAAUGGAAGAUGAAAUGGGCAACCUCGGGAUGAACCUCAGCAAAGACCUACCGAAGGCGGCUACACAGGCUUUGGUUGAGAACCUUAGAUCAUUGGCACCUAGGAUUUUACCCCUUACGGAAUUACUCCGUUACGUGGUCUUUUGCGUUCUGAGCAAGACAGGCAAUACCCUUCAAGGAGAUGGGACCGCAUGUGUGGAUUUCAAGACCGGCAUAGAUCAUUUCUGCAUCCACGCUGGAGGGACUGCAGUCAUCGAAGGGGUGGGGAAGAGUUUGAAGCUGAGUCAGCAUCAUCUGGAGCCCGCAAAGAUGACACUUCACCGAUUCGGUAACACUUCUGCAGGUAACCUUUGGUAUGUGUUGGCCUACAUGGAGGCAAAAGGGAGGCUUAAGAAGGGGAAUAGAGUUUUGAUGAUUGGCUUUGGAGCUGGUUUCCUGUGCAACAGCUGCACGUGGGAAGUAGUAAGGGAUUUAGACGACAGGAAUGCUUGGGAAGAUUGCAUUGACCAGUACCCUCCUCAAACCCUAGUCAAUCCUUUCACGGAGAAGUUUGGCUGGGUUAACAAUGAUCCCGAACGCCUUGCUCAAACUUGCAUGGAGAUCCGGAGGAAGUAUGGAAAUUGAUGGGAGAGCACCUGGGGCUCAAAAUUCAAAUAAAUUAGGGGUCCACUGGGAGGCGGGAAUACCUUUUCCCCCCACCUGUGAACCUUCACUGGCUAGGAGAAUAGGGAUUCCCUCCAACUAAGGAUCUCUGCCAUUGAUCCUGAAUGCAGCUAGAUGGUGGGAAUCCAGUUGAAGUUAUUAUUAAUCUUGGUAAGUCCCACUUAUGGGUGCUUUUGCUUAGGCUGUUAGGCUUUUGGUCGUUUAUCUUUGUUUUUUCUUUUUUAU